AAUUAUCCUAAAAUUAAAUUCCCCCACCAUUCAUUAUCAUUUAUCCUCUCAAUUUACCCAAGUCUUGCAAACACGACCUUUUUCCCUUUCUUGGACCCUUUCAUCGUUUUUCCUGAUUUUUCUGUUGGAACCUGUUGCUGCCACUGAUAAGAAGUUGAUGGCCUCGUUUUCUGCGCCAGCGCUACUCGCUUCUCCAUGAGCCCCAUUCCUCUCGAUAUCUCUAUGAUGUCUUAGAAGCACACUGUGGUGCUAGUAUUCUGUACGCGUGUUUUUGCAUUGAACAGAUUGUCACCCACAUGCAGUUUUUUGUUCGUCUCUACGCCUUCGUGGUUAUGUGCUCUGUCCUUGGAUUCCAUAAGGGUUUUCUGAAGUUCGUUGUGGGGUGUUUCGUUUUGAUGGAUUGUGUCGCAUGUUUGAAGCAUUUUACCCGGGAUUAUGAACUGGGAUGUGGGUUUUUCCUGUUUGGGAGAUUCAAGCAGGUUUAUGAAUAUUUGGGUCUGUUUUUGUUGUUUGGAUUUGGGUUCAAGUUUUUGUACUGCGACAGGUUUUGCAGGGGUUUGGUUCGGUUUUUGUGCGAUUUGAGAGGGAAAUCGGGGGAGUGGAAAAUAGGGUUUCGUUUAAAAUAUGUUCUUGCUGGAAAAUCUGGGCUGUUCAAGCUCUUGAAGGAGGAUUCAUUCGUGCCCUUGAUUGAUAAAAUGGAGGAAAGGGAAGAAAUAUCAGAGCUUUACACUGACUCUGACGGAAAAAUUGAUACUGAUUCUGAUGAACAAUGUGUAUAUGAUAGUGAUGUUAAUGAGGAUGAUGAAGAAGAGCAUACAGAUGAAGAUGGUGAAUCAGACGUUUCAACACUGAGGAAAUUGAUAAAGAUUGAGCGGCAGAGGGCUAAUGCGGCUCAGGCUGAACUAGCGAAAGAAAGGGCGGCUUCUGCAACUGCGGCCGAGGAGGCAAUGGCGAUGAUUCUACGGCUUCAGAACGAAAAAAGCUUGAUCGAAAUGGAAUUGAGUCAGUACAGAAGAUUGGCUGAGGAGAAACAAAUCCAUGAUCAAGAAGUGAUUCGAUCGUUGCAAUGGCUUGUUUGGAGGCACGAAUCCGAGAGGAGCUCAUUGGAAGAACAGCUGAAACUGUGCAAGCAAAGGUUGGAACGCUUAUCUAAAGAUGAAUGUGAAGAAGUUAAGGAUGAAGCUCAGAGUUCCUUCAAUGGAAGCAUUUGGGACACUCUUGAGAAUGUGCUUUAUAGCUCCCGUGAUGCUAACUUGUCGAAUGAGUAAGUUCUUGUACAGGCACUCUGUUUCAUGGAAAUUUUGCAUCCUUGUAUUGGAGGAAUCUGAAUUGAAUAUACUAAGAUGUUUUGUGGUAAUAGAGAAAGAACAUCAUCAUCAUAUACCUACUGGUCCCCUCUCAAUCUUGUCUUAAUGAUGAUUAUCAAUGCUUAGUGCGCUGGUGGUCCUCCCUAAUCCCAGUUUUUCUUUUCUUUCUAUGGUGUAAAGUUCAAUGGCUGGCUAACCUAAGAAAUUAUAAUGCUUUUCAAAUUCUUGGACUUCUUGUUGUAGAAUGUCUUUCAUCUCUCUGAAAACUGGAUUCAAAUUUUCGAGGUGAAAACGUUGGUUUGUCACCGGUGCAGUAUUUUAAAUUAAUACGGUCCGAGUAUUACUUGCUAUACGGAAAACAGAUCUGCGACUCGAGUUAUCUCAGGUAUUUUGUAAUAUUAAUAAGUUAAAACAUAGAAGAGCGAGCUUAUGGUUUCUUCAUUCGGUGAAUUGAUAAGUCAUAAUACUUCAGAACAGUCAUACAAUCAUUCAGGCCAAGUUGUAAGCAUUGUUCUAGGUUGUUGCUCAUGUGGGAUGCCUCUGAUGAUCUCCUGGUAAGGCCGUUGCAAUAAAAAAAAAACGUUUGAUUUUCGACGUCCCUGCUAAUACGUGUUUGUUGACGGGGGAGGGGGUCUUUUCUGCUUGUGGUAUUCCAAUAAUACUUGCACACAUUUUCAUUUGUUUUUGCCUUCAUAAAGUAGUCCUGUUGUGUCAUCUGCUGCCGGUGUAGGAUAAUGUUUCGGUUCAUACAGCAAGUUUCAUGUCGUCGUUUCUGCUCAGAUAGGAUUUGUGUAUCUCCUGCGGAACUUUCGUGCUCACGCAGCCUUGAUUCCAGCAAGCUACCUGCAAUCUGUUAAGCUGGUAACCUGCUGUUUCUUGAAGUCAGGAGCAAUGUGAAAUAUGUUUGAGCUUUGAGCUGCAAUUGCGUUUGAGAAACUAUACAUAGUUAAUAGUGUGUUUAUGAUGAUUAUUGCAUAAGCAGUGGCUUCGAUGCAAAUUGUCUGAAACUAGAAUACAUUAUAAAUUAAAUUGUAACA